UUCCUCAGCGUGAACAUGUAUGGGGUGUUUGUGAGGGUCCUGGCCGAACGCUCCCAAAGGAAAGCCUUCCUGCAGGCCCGGAACUGCAUCGAAGACCGGCUGAGGCUGGAGGACGAGAACGAGAAGCAGGAGCGGCUGCUUAUGAGCCUUCUGCCCCGGAAUGUUGCCAUGGAGAUGAAGGAGGACUUCCUGAAGCCCCCCGAGAGGAUUUUCCACAAGAUUUACAUCCAGCGGCAUGACAAUGUGAGCAUCCUCUUUGCGGACAUCGUGGGCUUCACGGGCUUGGCGUCACAGUGCACCGCGCAGGAGCUGGUGAAGCUCCUCAACGAGCUCUUCGGCAAGUUUGAUGAACUGGCCACGGAGAAUCAUUGUCGCCGGAUCAAGAUCCUUGGGGACUGCUAUUACUGCGUGUCUGGCCUCACCCAGCCCAAGACCGACCACGCCCACUGCUGCGUGGAGAUGGGCCUGGACAUGAUCGACACCAUCACGUCGGUGGCGGAGGCCACGGAGGUGGAUCUGAACAUGCGUGUGGGGCUGCACACCGGCCGGGUCCUCUGCGGGGUCCUCGGCCUGCGCAAGUGGCAGUAUGAUGUGUGGUCCAACGACGUGACCCUCGCCAAUGUCAUGGAGGCCGCCGGCCUGCCCGGGAAGGUCCACAUCACGAAGACGACCCUGGCGUGCUUGAACGGCGACUACGAGGUGGAGCCGGGGCACGGGCACGAGAGGAACAGUUUUCUGAAAGCUCACAACAUCGAGACCUUCUUCAUCGUGCCGUCACAUCGGCGGAAGAUAUUUCCAGGGCUGAUCCUCUCCGACAUAAAGCCUGCCAAGAGGAUGAAGUUCAAGACCGUGUGUUACCUGCUGGUUCAGCUCAUGCACUGUCGGAAGAUGUUCAAGGCGGAGAUCCCCUUCUCCAAUGUCAUGACCUGUGAGGAUGAUGACAAGCGGAGGGCGUUGAGAACUGCGUCGGAAAAACUCAGAAACCGCUCCUCCUUCUCUGCAAACGUCGUCUACACCACCCCGGGCACGCGCGUCAACAGGUACAUCAGCCGCCUCCUGGAAGCCCGCCAGAUGGAGCUGGAGAUGGCGGACCUGGACUUUUUCACCCUGAAGUACAAGCAGGCUGAGCGUGAGCGCAAGUACCACCAGCUGCAGGAUGAGUAUUUCACCAGUGCCGUCGUGCUCGCGCUCGUCCUGGCCGCCUUGUUCGGCCUCGUCUACCUUCUCAUCAUCCCGCAGAGUGUGGUCGUCCUCCUGCUGCUGGUGUUCUGCAUCUGCUUCCUGGUGGCCUGUGUCCUGUACCUGCACAUCACCCGGGUCCAGUGUUUUCCAGGUUGCCUGACGAUCCAGAUCCGCACCAUCUUGUGUAUUUUCAUAGUGGUCCUAAUCUACUCUGUGGCCCAAGGAUGUGUGGUGGGCUGCCUGCCCUGGGCCUGGAGCUCCAGCCCCAACGGGUCCCUCGUGGUCCUGAGGCCUGGCGGCCGGAACGCAGUGCUGCCCGCCGCCCCCUGCGAGUCGGCGCCCCACGCCCUGCUCUGCGGCCUCGUGGGCACCCUGCCUCUGGCCAUCUUCCUGCGGGUGUCCUCCCUGCCCAAAAUGAUCCUGCUCUUCGUGCUCACGACGUCCUACAUCCUGGUCCUGGAGCUCAGCGGGUACACCAGGGCCUCGGGGGGCGGCGUGGUCUCCGGGCGCAGCUUCGAGCCGAUCGUGGCCAUCCUGCUGUUCUCGUGCACGCUGGCCCUGCACGCCCGGCAGGUGGACAUCAAGCUGCGGCUGGACUACCUGUGGGCGGCACAGGCAGAGGAGGAGAGGGACGACAUGGAGAGGGUGAAGCUGGACAACAAGAGGAUUCUCUUCAACCUCCUGCCGGCCCACGUUGCUCAGCACUUCCUCAUGUCCAACCCCCGGAACAUGGACCUGUACUACCAGUCCUACUCGCAGGUGGGUGUCAUGUUCGCCUCCAUCCCCAACUUUGACGACUUCUACAUUGAGCUGGAUGGCAACAACAUGGGGGUGGAGUGCUUGCGCCUCCUGAACGAGAUCAUCGCUGACUUUGACGAGCUCAUGGACAAAGACUUUUACAAGGACCUGGAGAAGAUCAAGACCAUCGGGAGCACCUACAUGGCUGCGGUGGGGCUGGCGCCCACAACCGGGACCAAGGCAAAGAAGUGCAUCUCCUCGCACCUCAGCACGCUGGCGGACUUCGCCAUCGAGAUGUUCGACGUCCUGGAUGAAAUCAACUACCAGUCUUACAACGACUUUGUGCUCCGCGUCGGCAUCAAUGUUGGCCCCGUGGUGGCCGGGGUGAUCGGGGCUCGGAGGCCGCAGUACGACAUUUGGGGAAACACAGUCAACGUGGCCAGUCGGAUGGACAGCACCGGCGUCCAGGGCAGAAUCCAGGUGACCGAGGAGGUUCACCGGCUGCUGCGAAGGGGCACCUACCGCUUCGUGUGCCGCGGGAAGGUCAGCGUCAAGGGCAAGGGCGAGAUGCUGACGUACUUCCUGGAAGGCCGGACCGAUGGAAACGGCUCCCAGGCCAGGUCCCUGAACGCAGAGCGGAAAAUGUGUGCUUACGGACGAGCCGGCCUCCAGACUAGACUGGCCACAGGCCCGCCCCCGGCGGCCCCCACGGCCGGCCUCCCGGUCAGAGCCGGGCUGGGGGCUCUGCAGGGCUCGGGGCUCCCCCCGGGCCCGCCAGGCCAGCACCUGCGCCCCGGAGCAGCUGGGAAGGAGGCUUAG